ACUUUUCACUCAGGUGUCCGCAAAUUGUGCAAUACUCAGCAUAGUGCCGAAUUUUCCCAAUUUUCCCUGAUUUCGACAGGGCGAAAUGGGAGUCACUGGACUGUGGAAGCUGCUGGAACCCUCAGGGAAGCCUGUGCCACUGGAAACCCUAGAGAACAAAGUUCUGGCGAUAGACAUCUCAAUUUGGCUGCACCAGGUGGUGAAGGGAUUCCAGGACUCAAAGGGUGGCACACUCCCAAAUGCCCACUUGCUGGGACUGUUCCAUCGUCUCUGCAAGUUGCUUUUCUAUCGCGUGAAGCCGGUGUUUGUUUUCGAUGGCGGAGUUCCCGUGCUGAAGCGCCAAACAAUCAAGAAGCGUCAAGAAUCGAAGAAACAAUUCCUCAAUUCGGCCGAUCACUUGCAGGAGCUCCUCCUGACAGCUCUGGCAAAGGAGCGAGUGGUGCAGCAAGUCCUGGGCGACAGUGCUUCGUUGCUGGCAAAGUCUCCGAAGAAGAGAAUCGAGGAGGAGAAGAAAGCCAGCAGAGAUGACAUGUUCAAGCUGCCUCCAAUGGAGGAUACUCCGAGUGCAGCUCCUGUGGAUGAGUCCUUUGAGGAGAAGAAGAUGUCUACGAUGACUCUGCACUCCAUAGAUGUGAACAGUGCGGCUUUUAAAGCCCUUCCGGCUGACAAACGUUAUGAAAUCCUCACUGAUCUCAAGGAGACGAGGAAGCAGUCAUCCUGGGGACGUCUUCAUGAGCUUCCGGUGCAGAGCAACGACUUCGCCAGCUUCCAAAUGAAGCGACUGCUCAAGAGGCACCAAGUUCAGCAGUCCUUGGAGGAGGCUGAGCAAGAAAUGGGCGGAGCGACUCUGUCAUUCUCAGAACUGGAAAAAAUGCUCACUGAGGAGGGCGUUCUGGCGGCUGCGACAAAGUCUCAUGGCCAAAGAAUAGCUAAUGACGAUGUGACAAAGUUCGUCUUCGUGAAGGAUGUGAAGAAAGCUCUGGAAGAAGCGAAGAAGGCCGAGUCGAAAGAUGCUGAAGAAGGCCCAAGUUCUGCAUUGGGAACGGAGUUUGAUAGUGAUCUAGCGAAAGCCAUUGCAAUGUCUCUCGAGGAGGAGCCAGAGGAAGAUGACGAGGAGGAACAUCUUGAGGGCGCCGUGAAGAUGAGCGAGGCACAGAAAAGAUUUCUCAAAGGAACCGCCAAAUCCAUGGCGAGAACUUACAUGAUGGAAUUCGGAGGAAUGUCUAGUGAGGAUGUCGAGGAGUUGUUCAAGGAGAGCGAAGAGGAGACGUCAGCAGUGGAAAUUCCCCUGUUUGACCAGGAAGUUCCCGAGGAGAAGCCCAUCAAGGAGACUGUGCAGGUGAUUUCCAGUGACUCUGACUCAGAUUUUGAAGAAGUUCCCACAAAAGAGGACAAAAGCAGCCUCGAAGUUGUGAUAAAUCCCAGUAAGAUUCGGGAAUCUCUCGAAGAUGACCUCUUUUCGGACAUCUUUGCCAAAAAGGAGAUUGAAGAGCCUAAAGAAGCGGAAAAGUCUCCAGUUGCUGAGAAGAAAUCACUGGAAGUUGUGAUAAAUCCCAGUGAAGUUCCUGAAUCUGUUGAGGAUGAUCUGUUCUCGGAUGUUUUCGCCAAAAAGGAUAAAGCAGAGGAUUCAGAAAAGUCUUCAAAACCCACAGAAGAAGAAGAGCAGCAAACAGUUGUUGAGGAUAAACCAUUGGAAGUUGUGAUAAAACCUAAGGAAGAUUCAGAGAAUCAGAAGGAAGAGGAUCACAAGGAGAAUGGCACAGUUCUUGAAGAUAAAGUUUGCACAACAGAUGUGAUAAAUCCUCCAGAAAGUCAGGAGUUGAGGAAAGACAGCACAAAGAAGAGCAUUCUUGAGGAGUUGUUGGAAGAGAAGAAAGCAAUCUCCAGCAUUACUCUUGAUGAUUUGCCCAAGGAAACCUCUCAGAUGUCUCAGCCAGAGGAAGUGAUUGAGAUAUCUGACACUGAUGAGGAAAAGACUCCUAAAAAGGCCAAGAAAUCCUUGGAUGAUUACUUCACAGUGUCCGGGACGCCGAAGAAGGAGGAGAAAGUUGAGGAAGAUGUGCCAAAAGUGACAUCGCCCUUCUUCGUGAAGAAAUCUCCGAGAUCGGCUAAGAAAUCUCCUGGGAAAUCCUCAGCAGAGGCGGAGAAACCGAUUGUGGCGAAGGAGCUGUUUCCAGAGGACAGAGAUGCGCUGAUUCAACUGAAGGAUGACUUGGUGCAGGAGACGAAGAGCCUGGAGAGUGAAAGGAACAAGCAGGAGCGCCUGGGUGUGUCCAUAACGGAGAAGAUGACGCACGAGUGCAAGCAAUUGCUCAGGCUCUUCGGGAUUCCGUACAUUGUGGCGCCCAUGGAGGCGGAAGCGCAGUGUGCCUUCAUGAAUGCCAUUGAGCUCACGGACGGCACGAUCACGGAUGACAGUGAUAUCUGGCUGUUUGGCGGACAGACGGUGUACAAGAACUUCUUCGAUCAGCGGAAGCAUGUGCUGGAAUACCGGAUGGAGAAGAUCGAGAAGCUCUUCAAGAUAGAUCGCACGAAGCUCAUCCAGAUGGCCAUGCUGGUGGGCAGCGACUACACGAUUGGGAUCAAUGGGAUCGGAGCUGUGACGGCGCUGGAGAUUCUGGCGCAAUUCCCCAUCACAGACACAUCGGAGACCGACUAUGGCAGGCUGUCGGGACUGAAGAGCUUCAAGGAUUGGUGGCAUGGAAGCCGACACACCACGUCCAAGCGCAGCGUGCUGAAGGGGAAGCUGAACAACAUCGUGAUGACUGAGGGCUUUCCCAGCGUCAGUGUUCUGCGCGCUUAUCUGUAUCCUCACGUGGACGACAGCCAGGAGGCUUUUGUGUGGGGAGAACUCGAUGUGGAGAGCAUCAAGGAGUUCAGCAAGAAGCAAUUCGGCUGGCCAUCGACGAGGACUGACGAGCUGCUGGUGCCGGUGCUGAAGAAGAUGAAGGAUCGCAAAGUGCAGCCCUCGAUUAAGAACUACUUCAACAUCCUCACUCCUCGUCACAGCACAGAGAUGAAGGUCAGCAAGAGGGUGCGAAAGGCUAUUGAUAACAUGUCUGGGGAACCGACAGAGUUGGCGACCGUUCAGGAGGACGAGGAGGUGCCCAAGAAGACCAGGAAGAAGCCCGCCAAGAAGACUGAAGAGAAAGCUCCACGCAAGCGAAAGAGCGACGAGGAACCCGUGCCGAGCACCAGCAAGGGCAUUCCGAAGGUCGCCCGGAUACCCAACACCAAAGCCAAGAUCCCGCAGCGCGAGAAGGACAGGGCGGAGGCGCAAGAGAAGAUGAGGAAGGCCGUUGAGGCAUUUAAGAAGAGCAAGUGAAUAAAUAAGCUUAUAUUUUUCUUCACUUUUUGA